CGACACUAGUGGAGUGAAGGCGUAUUUGGAGGGAUAACGACAACGCACCCGGUCACUGUGGGCAAAAAGACACCACCGCUGCUGCUGCUGCUGCUACAGAGACACACCGCGCACUGACUGACUGACUGAUUGACUGACGGGAACCGGAGCGCUGCCUCUCGACUGUGAGGCUUAAAUGGCCACAACGUUUCCUAAAAAGAAGACGCUGCCUGUGAGACAACCUGUGUACCAAAUGCGUCCUGGAAAUUAGGUUUUACGCGCAUUUGCCGUAAAUUAAACGUUUUUCGCGCAGCGGAAGUUUCUGUAACCGAUUUUUUUUUUGGGAGGGGGAUCUUGAUUUAUCGGCUGCAGACAUGGACGAGGACAACCAAGUACCUGAGGACCUGUCUUUGGAGGAAAGAGAUGAGCUGUCAAACAUACGACGCAGGAAAAAAGAACUUCUGGAUGAUAUUGAACGGCUGAAGUUUGAGAUUGCGGAGGUAAUGACUGAGAUCGAGCAGCUAACCUGUGUGGGGGAGAGCAAAACCACGCAAAGAAACAAACAGAUCGCCAUGGGGAGGAAGAAGUUCAACAUGGACCCUAAAAAGGGAAUUCAGUUUCUUUUGGAGAAUGAUCUUCUCCAGAACACCCCAGAAGACAUUGCACAGUUCCUCUACAAAGGCGAGGGGCUCAACAAAACAGUCAUCGGGGACUACUUAGGAGAACGGGAUGACUUUAACAUCAAGGUCCUCCAGGCGUUUGUGGAGCUUCAUGAGUUUGCGGACCUCAACCUUGUACAAGCCUUAAGGCAGUUCCUGUGGAGUUUCAGACUUCCUGGCGAAGCCCAGAAGAUUGAUCGUAUGAUGGAGGCGUUUGCCUCCAGGUACUGCCAAUGCAAUCCCGGCGUCUUCCAGUCCACAGACACCUGCUAUGUCCUUUCGUUUGCCAUCAUUAUGCUGAACACCAGCCUGCACAAUCCCAACGUCAGAGACAAGCCCCCCGUGGAGCGCUUCAUCUCCAUGAACAGAGGGAUCAAUGAGGGGGGAGAUCUCCCAGAGGAGCUACUCAGGAAUCUAUACGACAGCAUCAAGAGCGAACCCUUUAAGAUCCCAGAGGAUGAUGGGAAUGACCUGACGCACACGUUCUUCAACCCAGACAGAGAGGGCUGGCUGCUCAAAUUAGGGGGCCGAGUGAAAACCUGGAAGAGAAGGUGGUUCAUUCUGACGGACAACUGCCUCUACUACUUUGAAUACACAACAGACAAGGAGCCUCGUGGGAUUAUCCCGCUGGAGAAUCUCAGCAUCAGGGAGGUGGAGGAGCCCAGGAAACCUAACUGUUUUGAGCUCUACAACCCCAAUCACAAGGGCCAGGUGAUCAAAGCCUGCAAGACAGAGGCGGAUGGGCGUGUUGUUGAGGGCAACCAUGUGGUGUACAGGAUAUCAGCACCCACGCCGGAGGAGAAGGAGGAGUGGAUUAAGUCCAUCAAGGCCAGCAUUAGCAGAGACCCUUUCUACGACAUGCUCGCCACCAGGAAGAGACGCAUUGCUAACAAGAAGUGAAGAGGGACAAUCUUCUCAACCUCCAGCCCCCCGCCCAUCUUUUGCUCCUUCUGUUCAUGAACACAUCAACCACACACUGCAAAGCUGGUUCACCACAGACGUGACUGCCAACCUCAGAAAAGACUUUGACCCCGAGGACAAACCUUGGUUUCUCUCCUGGACUGUCCACAAGUCUGUGCACUUGUUGGGGAGACAUCACACACUACUGAGGGGAAAGCAGAGCUCCAGGAAACUCAGAUAUGUGGACUUGACUCUUGCAUGGAGCAACACAUGAGCGACCAACCAAUCAGUUUGUUUCUCCUCCAUCUCAUACACAGCCCCCUACCUCCCCCUCUCAUGGUCAUAACAUGUUUCUGUGUCUCCCUAAAGCACAACUGCCAUGUUUCAGGUGCACAUGCAUGCAUGUGGGUUAUUAUAGACCAAUAUGUUUGUGUCUGUGCGUGCGUGUGUGUGUGUGUAUGCAGCAGUGUGCAUGUUAUCAGUGCACACAGCUUCUGCAGUGUGGGUGCAUAAGCGAUACAAGUGUUCCCUCCACUGUGCUUUAUGAAAAAGUUGUAGUAAUUCAAAAUCAGAGUUCAGAUGUGUGGUCAGCUACAUGGGGCACGACUGUCGAGAUGUAAGGAAGGAGGGAGGAAGACGCAGACGGACGGAGAGGAGAGGUGUUUUGGAGGCGAAUCAGUGCAGUAUAGCCUCACCUGAACCAUGUCGUCAUCUCACUCUGGUGCUGAAUUCUUCUCUCCAGGUGCCAUGGCUGAAGCCCUGCUCAGAGUAACCUCAGAAAAUAGCGCUGGCUUACAUUUAGGUUCCUAAUGAAGCAUUAUAGUCUUGAGUCAGCUGGGCUGAUUUCGUUUUUUCUUUGUGUGUGUGGAGCAGAGAGUUUAGAACUGUGCAUACUUUUUUAUUUUAGUUGAGUAGUAAAGGCUCUUUUGCCGAUGCUUGAGAUGAAACUUAGUCUUCGGACUAUGAAGUUGUAAUCCUUGAGAUUUUCAGUCCUGGUCUACACCCGUGUUCACUUGGGGUGACAGCGAGUGUGGUUUAAUACUAUAGCAAACACUCGCUGAGCAUCUGCUUAUCUACUUUAUCUGUUUACAUUGCAACCGCAUAAACUUGCCUUUUAACAAACAAAUUAGAUCUGAUUUUAUACUACAUGUGGCUCACAUGGUGGAGUCCACACAACAGCAUGAGUAACUGGAGUAGGUUACCUUGCUGAGAAGUGAGCUGAUCAUUAUUGUUCCACUACACUCUUGCAAAAAUUAAAAAAGAUCCGCUGACAAUAAAAAAAAAAUUUGGUAACCAAUCACUGUCAGCACUAAUCUCUGUGACGAAUACAAUACGUGUUCACACUUGUGAAUGUGAAGCAGCAGCAGUAGGGGACGUUGGAUUUACAUCGGCAGUAACUUAAUAUACCUGUGAGUUAAAAUUAAAACCAGCAAAGGUACAGUCACAUUGCAUUUCCACUCAACAAAAUAUCUCUCGGGUAAUGAAUAAAUAUUGAUCCGAGCAAUCACAGACUAUAAACACUAUGAGAGCAACUGUUUGUAGUCUGAUUGUGUAAAAUAAUAAGUUCUCUAUUCCCACACACAGUGCAUCAGUGUUUCUAGUUUGGCCGAUUGUGUAUUUCCACGUGGUCAGAGAUGAACUCUGACCUGCAAAUUUGCUGGAGCCUGACAAAGAUCUGCACCAAAACAAGAAACACAUGCAUGAAUUAGUCUGGCAUAUGGGCUUCAAUAGAAGUUAAUUGGAAAUGGAGCGAACAUUCAUAGGAUGGUGGUACAAUGUGACCAUACCUUGACAAUGGGUUACAGAAAUCUGUUGUUUCUUGUGAAUCCCCUGUGCCUGUGAGGGCAAUUCAAAUCCAGUGGAAUGGCAGAGUCCACCACUACCAAUGAGCACUAAUAUUUUGAGAGGUAGCUUCAGAAUGUAAAUACUUGCAAUUGCCGACCAUAAAUAACACCAAAAUGGUGUUUGAUUUCCUGAAAAUCUUAAGGAUUGUAACUUUAAAAGCACUUUCAUUUGUGAAAGUCUUUUCAGUCUAAUGGGUAAGCUUUAUUUAUGGCUGUGCAAUGGCCCUAUAGGGUACCAGUCUGAUUAAGCUUUUUUUUUUUUUUUGGUUUGUUUCUUUCUUGUCUAUGGCCUAUGUCAGUGAAGGUCAGUGUAUUAUUGUGAUCCUGUUUGCAUUUGGUUUGUAAUCCUAAAGAUACUAGCUUGCUUUUGUGUUCCUCUCUAAAAAUAUCUAAAUAUAAUAACCACCUAUCAUUUUGUAUUUAUUUUCAUUUGUGAAAUGGUUUCAGUACUACCUGUAAAUGUUAAACAACGUAUCCUUAAGUUAUGUUUGUAUAUAUAAUGUAUAGGUUUCUGGUCUCUUUGUUGUAGUAUGCACACUCUGUGUAACAUUGCUUGAGCCGAGUGGCAGAAAUUUGCAUCAGCUGAAGUUUGGGGUCUUCUUUACAAAAAGCCUUAAACAUUAUCAUAAGAAAAUAUAUAAUAAUGGUGACGAGGAGAAUAUUGGUCAGUAACUGUGACGAUUGCUGUUAAAAAGCCAUGCCUGAUGAGUGAGGAAGAUGGUUGUAUUUAUGAUGAUGAUGAUGACGGUGAUAAAGAUUUCAGUGAAAAUGUUUGAAUUUAAUAAUGAUGAUUCUAGUAAAGUGAUAUUAGUGAUGAUGAUGAUGAUAAUAUCAUUGAUGAUGAUGUCAAAAACUAUAAACACCAGUAGUUUUCUAUGUGAUUGUAAAAUAAAAUGAAAGCCUUGUGGUCAGGGCAGAAUAUUAUCUUCUACCGCCCUGUGUGGGCUUAUAGUUACAUUAACUUUUAUAUUCUCUGUAAAAGCUAUUGGUCACGUUGUACAUUACGUGUAUCUACAUAAAGUAUACAUAAAGCUUA